AUGAUUUGGUGUUUCAGACCUAACACGGCCCGUCGGAACAGCGACGAUAACCAUAAAAACUAUCUUCCUCCUGGAGGAACGGCGUUCCAGUGCGGUUCCGGAGACGUGCAGAGUCUACACCGAGGAGCAUCGGAGCUGGCGUCCUGCGGCGUCGAGGUGAAAUUUGAUUCACAGCUAGUGGGAGAGGAGAAGCGUGAGGAGCCACAGCGGGAAGGGAAUGAAGAGAAAGAGAUAGAGAGAAAGAGAGAGAGACAGGAAGUGAGAGAGAGACAGAGAGAGAGAAAGAGAGAGAGUGAGAGAGAGUAUAAGAGAGAGAGAGAAAGAGAGAGAGAGAAAGAGAGACAGAAAGUGAGAGAGAGAGAGAAAGAGAGUAAGAGAGAAAGAGAGAGAGACUGAGAGAGAGAAAGAGAGAAAGAGAUAGAGGAGAAAGAGAGGGAGAGAAAGAGAGAAAGAGAGGGAGAGAGGGAGAGA